GUCUACACGCUGACCAAUAGGAUCGAGCGCUGUUAUCGGCAGAGGGAAAAAAAUCCUUACAGUCGCCAUGAUACAGCAGCGGAAACGGCUGAGAAGUAGCUAGAAAACAAAAGAGAACACGCAGUCCUCGCGAUUUGGUAUGCUCUUGCAGUGUUAUAGGAAUGCCCAAGGAAAAAUAUGACCCGCCGGAUCCCAGGCGGAUGUAUACAAUCAUGUCUACCGAGGAAGCAGCCAACGGGAAGAAGUCAUACUGGGCUGAGCUGGAAAUCAGUGGCCGUGUAAGGAGUCUCAGCACAGCCCUAUGGUCUCUCACCCACCUCACUGCCCUGCAUCUAAGUGACAAUUCAUUGUCACGCAUCCCACCAGACAUUGCCAAAUUACACAACUUGGUGUACCUGGAUCUGUCAUCCAAUAAGAUCAGGAGUCUGCCGUCAGAGCUUGGCAACAUGGUGUCUCUCAGGGAACUGCUUUUAAAUAACAACCAGUUGCGGGUUCUGCCAUUUGAAUUGGGGAAACUGUUUCAGUUACAAACACUGGGGUUGAAAGGAAACCCACUUGCACAAGAAAUUAUGAGCCUCUACCAGGAACCCGAUGGCACGCGGAGACUGCUCAAUUACUUGUUAGACAAUCUGGCAGGGGCCAUCAAACGCUUACCAACAGAGCAACCCCCAGCUCGCUCAUGGAUCUCACUCCAGGAACCAGAUCGUUCACGGGGCUCAGCACUGUUCUCUGUGAUGUGCUACAAUGUGCUGUGUGAUAAGUACGCCACACGACAACUGUAUGGUUACUGUCCCUCCUGGGCUCUAAACUGGGAAUACAGGAAGAAAUCAAUCAUGCAGGAGAUUAUGGGCUGCAAUGCGGACGUCAUGAGUUUACAGGAAGUUGAGACCGAGCAGUACUACAAUUUCUUCUUGCCUGAGCUGAAGGAGCAGGGAUAUGAGGGGUUCUUCAGUCCAAAGUCACGAGCUAGGACGAUGUCUGAGUCGGAUCGUAAACACGUAGAUGGAUGUGCAAUUUUCUACAGGACGGAAAAGUUCAGUGUAGUACAGAAACACACAGUGGAGUUUAACCAGCUGGCCAUGGCUAACUCCGAGGGCUCAGAGGCUAUGCUGAACAGGGUGAUGACCAAGGACAACAUCGGAGUAGCUGUACUGCUUGAGGUCCGCAAAGAGAUGAUGGAGCUCUCCUCUGGAAAGUCACUCCACGGCAUGGAGAAGCAGCUCCUUCUGGUAGCCAAUGCCCACAUGCACUGGGACCCAGAGUACUCUGAUGUAAAGCUCGUCCAGACCAUGAUGUUCCUGUCGGAAGUGAAGAGCAUAGUGGACAAGGCUACACGCAGCCUAAAGUUGUCCUCUGUGUCUGGUGAAACUAAUGCCAUUCCACUGGUGCUGUGCGCUGACCUCAACUCUCUGCCUGACUCUGGCGUAGUGGAGUACCUGAGUACUGGCGGAGUGGACUGCACCCACAAAGACUUCAAGGAGCUACGUUACAGCGACUGCCUGACCAAAUUUAACUGCAACGGCAAGAACAGCACGGCCAACGGCAGGAUCACCCAUGGCUUCAAGCUGAAGACCGCUUACGAGAACGGCCUGAUGCCUUACACCAACUACACCUUUGACUUCAAGGGCGUCAUUGACUAUAUUUUCUACUCCAAGCCUAACCUGAACGUGCUGGGUAUCUUAGGCCCACUGGACCCACACUGGCUCGUAGAGAACAAUGUCAGCGGCUGCCCACAUCCCCACAUCCCCUCCGACCACUUCUCCCUCUUUGCUCAGCUGGAGCUGCUCCUGCCCAACUUGCCCUCCCAGGUCAACGGGCUCCAUUUGCCUGCUCGCAGGUAGUGAGUCCCUGCCACACCACCAGGGGGGAACUGCAAACCACAGCCUCUCCCUUUCGUCCUCCCUCCUCCCACUACCAGCUCUUCCCUCCACCACAACGGAGGAGGAAGACAAAAAAAACACAACCUGUAAAAUAAUCAUACAGUGCAGUGAGGUCUGGCCAACAGGGAUUUCGUAUAAUGUUAAAGAUAUUCUAUAUUUUUCUUUGUUUUUUUUUCUUUCUCUUUGUUUUUUUAACAGCUUGAUUCAGUCCUUUUCGUGCAUCAUAUUUUGUGUUUUGGACUCCUUCCCUCCCCCUCCGAAUCCACUCACCCACUUUGUCAUCCAAACUUGAGGGGAUGGUAGCUCUCACAGAUUUGUCACACUGGGCGUUGUUUGGUUUCAGAACCGGGGGGUGGGGGACUUGGAAAUGACGUCCACCUGAAAAAUCUCCAUAGCUGAUGGUCUGCUUGUCUGUCUGUCGUGUAUAAAUCUAAAACCAGCAAAGACAGCAGACUCGUAACUCUCAGACCCAGGUGUGGUCAGUCGGAGCAGCUGUUAGCUGAUAGAUGUGCGUCGCACGAGGUGGAUGGAGUGCAGCUCGCAUGAGGGGAGAUUUUCUGCUGUCAUUCUGUGGUGCUGAGGCCUAUGUGUGCUCGUGGCCUCCCAUGGUGCUACAAGAUAGUCUCCACCUCUGACUCCGGCCCUGGUGCAUUAGUUCCCAAACGCACAAAUGCCUCAAGAACCAGGCGUUCGAGAAUUACAUCCACCUGAUUAGGCAUAAGCAGUAUGUAGUGUUCCUUUGACAAGGGAGUGUGUUGAGAGCAACUGAGAGCAGCUACCAUCCUUUUUUGCAGACUACUUUACCCCAGCUUGUUUAGUUAGCUAGGCUAGUCUUGUGCUUAGGAGCUCGUGUGGCCCACAAAUCACCUUUUUUUGGGGGGGCAAGGGGGUUUUGGGCUGAUGGAAAACGUGAUGGAGGGACUAUUGCAAAUCUUUCCUUUAUCUCGAUUGCUUUUAGGCAGAGAGAGUGAGUAAUGGCUGAUACCAGGAGUAAAACCAGCAUUCCUCUCACUGUCGGGAGUUGCCAUCCAACUCCGCACAUGCAGGCUUACACACAGACACUUGCAUACACACACACACAGGUAAUUUGAAGGCAGAUCUGUAGCACUAUCUCUGAGGCCAGUAGUGACUUUCCCCAGCCAUAAAUUACAUACACAAAAGCAGUGGGUUUUUUUCACAAGUGUUUGUACAGAAUAGAAAUCUCGACUCAGUCUUUACAUGAUUGUAUAUGAACCACAAAAGACCUGUUUUCUGGCGUUUUUUGUACGAAGAGUAAAUUAUGAUCCGAUUUGGGAAAAAAAAGAUUGUAUUGUAAACUAUGGCUAAAUUUUUAUCCAGUUAAUGUAUGAUGAAUUGAUAUUACCAGCUUGUACAAAAGACGUAAGAAGAGGUUGUUCAAGGCGUUCACUGUCACUAUUUUGCACUCCCUAGAGAUUAACUGUAAUAAAUGUGUCAGUAUUGUUUUUAUUUUUGGUCCCCCCCCCCCCGCUGUCAUUUUGAUUUGCCGGCACAUUGCUGCGAUUGUAAAUAGACACUUAUUAAACUCUGCCUGUUGCUUCUUGCCCAUUAACAAAGCCAUCGAUCCACACUGCUGCCAUUCAGUUCAGAAGAAGACGCGCAAGAACGAGUCAGCGGCUCACCAGUGACUCCACAUCUGUUCAUUUGUUCAUCUCUCACCCACUCGCCAGUGAUGCGUAACUGAUACGAACCUAUAUGAAUCCCAAACAUCACAUAAACACAGAACAUCGUGCCUCACUGUAGCAGUUGUCUUGCACUAUUAACAUUUUACGAACGCCUGAACAACCUUUUCUCCUUUUAUUUUUAAAUACUGUUGGGACAUUUGUGAAGAUUUUAUGUCUUUCUUUUUUUUUGUUAAUGUUAAUUUCCUCUUUUUUUAUGAGCUGUGACAAUGUUAUGAUGAUGUGUAUAAUAUCCUUCCUAUUCAUUGAGCUCUAGUAAUCAGGUAUGCUUUUCCCACCCACCCGUUCUCCACGACUUAUGAAUAUGAGACUUACUAAAUCCACUCUUGAUUGUUUUUCUGUGCCCAGACCCUCAAAAUACUGAGCCCUUUGCUCCUCUGGCCAUGAGUUUUAAAUCUCAACAAGCUUGUCCAUCACCCUAAUACCCCACCACCCUAAAUUGCCCAAACCAAGACUUUACUUACCCCACUGUAUUACUCAAGCUGUGUCGUUUAAACCCCUUUGCGCAACCACUUUGUAUAGUUCUCCUACCCUUGUCACUGCAGCUAUAUAGUGCCAUCUUCAGACCCCCCCACCCCCCACCCCUACCUCUGUAUUGGGAAAAGGUGGAAGGCUGCUUAUGGAUGAGGGGCGUCAGAAAUCGGCUGCUUUUCUCUGUCGCUGUGAUUCAAGUUUGUCACAUCCCAGAUCCACGAGAGAAGUCGGUGAUCACUGGUGAGACAACUACUCAAAACAGCCAUGCUUUUAUGAGGGCACAACUGAUGAUUGAGCACUUAGCGGACACAGAUGACGCUGCCCUCGCUCCCUGUCCCAUCACAGUAGUGAGGAAAGAUCUUAUUACUACAAUGUAUAUGUUUAAAAAGACAUUUUUAAAAGCAAGAGGGAAGCAAGUAAAUAGGAAGUAUAAAUUUAGUCUUCAGAUCUUGUCCCAUUUGUUUGCCCCCCUUCAUGUUUGUUUUUUUUUAACUCUUUGUUUUCCAGUGGAAACCAAUGUGUCCAGUUUGCUUCUCUUUUUUUUUUUUUUUUCCUGAAUGGCAUUAGUAUUGUAGUAGAUUUAAAGGCUAGCUUUUUUUGUAAAGUGUGAAUAAAAGAUGUAUCUCAUGUUUCCUUUCUAAGAAAAAGAUAUUGAAUUGUGUUGUUGAUGUGUAAAUCAUGAAUUUUAUGAUGAUCUGUUCGCUGCAUUGUCCUUGAUUUUACUCCCCGCUCCCACGAUUUUGCUCUUAUCUCGUCACGAACCAAAUCCUCUGUAGAAAUCAUGAGACAUUGUCUUGGAGAAGUUGAAUGUUCUUGAUGACGCUUGGUACCGUGGGGUUACUGCUUGUUGAAGGCACUUGGACUAGCUGCGUCGUUGGUAUCGGAACUUUCAGCACAGGGAUAUUCAAUCUUUUCUUUUUCUCAGCUUUAUUUUGGGAUGUUGCAUGGCGCUAGCUGUGGAGAGUGCUAGUGCCUGUAGGUUAGGGCAGCAGAGCUGUCUUACCACUGGUCACACUUCGGUAUAAUAGAACACUGUUCUCACUGGUGUUAAACUUGUGUUGAAGACUAAGGUAAUGUUGUGCCGCUGGUCACAAGACUGGUCCUGUGAUAUUAUUGUUUGAAGUACCGCUAGUCCAUCUCACUCUGUGCUCGUGCAUCACAGUGGUAAAGUCACUUAUACUAGUAGGUUACUAUCAGUAGUCACUAAUUUGACACUCGAGUAUCUACUGUUGUCGCCUCUCCCUUUUCAUCACACUGACUUUGGCUUCUGAUUGAAAAUCUGGGAAAAUCACAGGGCUGAGUGAAUAAUUAAGCCCCUCCCCCUUAGUUUCAGCCAGUGAUGACAUUGUUGGCGUACUUUUUUCACUGUUGCAUUGUGUUUCAUAGUUGGGCUUUUCUAGGCGUAGAGUGAUUUUUUCCCAGGCUGCAUCUCUGUAACGGUGCGCACCAAAGCUGCUUGUAGUUCAGUUUCCUGUCGUACAGCUUGUUUCACCAACCAGUGAGCAUGUGUUCUUUUCUCUCACCUCGCGUCGUAGUCUUCAUUAAAUGUAGGGCUGUAAGGAAAGCAAGGUACUUGGUCCUUUUUUCCUCACACACAUCUAUCGUCGUUCUCGCCAUUGUGUGGAUGUACCUCAGCAACUCAACCCUUCAACUCAAUUUAAACGCAUCCUUUUUCCAACAACUUGGCAAUAAUAACUAGACGCCUUCAGAAUGGGUUUUUAAAACAUUUUAUCUGGAAAAUGUAGCUUUCUCAUCUUUCAAACUGUGGUCUCUCUUUUCUUUUUUGCUCAAUAACUCGACAUUUACCACCUCAGACGAUUUCAUGAUCUAAAAACUGUUAUAAGCUUCUUUUUUUUUUUUAAAGAAUAAUUCCUUGUGUCAGUCAUCUUGUAUAUUUGCUCAUAUCCUUCUCCCUGCUGAUCUAGUGGUAGUUGUUCAAUGAUCAGGAUUGUCUAUCUGUAGUCAGCUGAGUACAUAUAUUGAUCUGUGUCACUGUGUUUAUGCACUGGACCAACUAUUGUUUACCAUUCAUGAAAUACCAGCAAAAAAAAAAAAAAAAAGAUGAAACAAUUGCACAAUGUUGUAGAAUGUCCAUUAACCCAGAUGAGAAAUCAAGGCAGCUGUUUUCAAAUCAACACAUACUGUUUUAAAAAGAAACUGAAUGGUAAACAAUGCUUUCUCUUGUACCCUCUUAGCCGUCCUCUUGAUUCCUUUUGGAGUAGUUUUGUUCUUUGAUUUGUUUCUGUUUGACAACAGGUUCUGCUCGUUUCCUUUACACCUACCUAUGUAUUUUCCUACUUCUGGUUGAAAAUAAAUUCUAUAUUAUCUGUU